CUUAUACUAUUAUCUUAUAAUCAAUCAUAUCUUACAACCAUUCUACAUCUCAUCUACGAUCCGCGCCCGGACCUAACUUACCUAAGCCACUCUCUCACUCUCGCUACUGACGUCACCUCUGCGCCUAUCUCCGGCUGGCGUCUCCCACCUCUGCCGUAAACAAACCAAACAAACCAAACAAACCACCCCGUCGGCAAAGAUCUUCACACGCGAACUCUUCUGGCCACGAGACUCUUCAUCAUCAUCAUCUUCAUCUCCCGCGCGCUUGCACUGCCGCUUUCGGACACCCUCGCCGCGCCCUGCGUGGCUGUCACGAGCUGGGCUCCAGGCUCCAACUUAAGGGCUUCGCGGUGCUGACAACCAGACCCGUCCGUUUCCCAAUCCCUCUGUUUACUCUUGCCUACUCUGCCCUCAUCUGCUGUCCUCCCCGCCUCACUCCCCCAUGUCCGUCUUCUCCCUCGACGCGCUCUACGACGCCACCUCCGGCGCCUUCAUCGGCUUCAACGGCCUGCCCACCGUCGCCCAGUGCUCCUCCGUCGUCUCCGCCUACAUCGCGACCCUCUCCGACGUCAAGAAGCAGAAAUCCCUGAUCCCGCGCCAGAUGUACGACGACAUGCUCGCCGCCCUCACCGAUCCGCACUCCCAGGUCGGCUCCCCUCAGUUCCGCUUCUGGGCGCGCGCGAACUUCGCCGUCUUCCGCGACCACGACGCGCUCCUGCACCUCAUGCACAAAUCGAAACCCGUCGCCGUCCAGGAAGAGCUCUACGGAAUCCUCGCCAUCUGCCAUCUGGCUGCCAGCCACGGCGGCCGCGACAAGACUUUGGCGCAGCUGCGCGAGUGGUACACGCGCGUGCCCAAGAAUCUCAUCUCGCAGUACGUCAAGCUGUGUCCUACCUGCGCGCCCGAAUCCGUCUCGCUUGAAUCCCACCCUGAGCUCAUACCCGGCGACAAAUGCUACCUCGCGGCCGCGGGCCUUGUUGAUGUCUGCAAGUGCGUCAAGAUGUCGGACAGCAGCGCGCGCUGCGGAAGCUGCUGUAAUCUCUUUAGUUUUCGCCAGUCUGUCGUGCGAUACCGCAUCAAGGCCUCCGUGCAGCCCUUUGUUCGGCGCGCCGAGCAGGCUGCGCAGCAGGCGCAGAGCCAGUCUUUGCUGGCUAAUACGAUCUGUGCGAGUAAAUCAGUCAAGGCAGAAGAGUGCAGCAACGCGGCGCUGUUUCGGCAUGGUCUGCAGCCUCUGUUUGAUACCUCGAAUACCCUGGUUGUACGUAAACAGGACUUGGAGGUGGAUGACUGCGAUCCUGCGCUACGGCGAACAUCUCGCAGGUCGAGCAUAGGCCGGCAGUUUGGGUUUGCAGUCACGAAAGCGUCGGUGUUUUUGAGUUCGUCGACGUCUACGGUGCCGGAGGACGCGGCGGAGAUAAAGAGAGUGUUGAAGAGCGAGGGAGAGGUCGAGGUGCAUGCGCAGGAGGUCGAGGUCUGUUUGAGGUCAGAUGCUGGGUUGACUGAGGAGGUGUCGCUGAUAAUGCGGGAGCGGGCUGCGAAGGAUAUUCUGGAGGAGGCUGCUGAGGCUGAGGCUGAGACUGAGACUGCUGAUAGAGACUGUGAAAAUGAUACCCCGAAGAUAACUAAAGAGUGGAAGUACGAGGCUGACUACGUCCAACAGAGUAUUGGUGAAGCCAGAGACCACUACAGAGAAACUGCUGCUCAACGAUCGGGGCUGUGAUUAGUUUGGAGAAUAGACGGCGACGGACUACCAAGAGGAGGAAGAUGGAUACCUCGGGGAUGAAGCAGUAGCUGUAUAUUUUCUUUUCUUUUCUCUCUUCAUGUCAGAUAGACAUUAGAUAUUACAUGAAUAUGAUUACUCGAGUGAAACACAGCACUAAACAGUCAUCUGACCGCUGCGGCAGCGAAGGGGCUGCAGAGGUGCAACGACAAGCGAGCUAAACAAAAGUCUACUCGGCAACCAGAGAUAAAUCCGGGGAAGAAGCCACUGAAAGCUACAGAUACCGCUGACCUGGGUCCGCUCCCUCCCUCUCCCUCUCCCUCUCCCUC